UGAACUAGUAAAAACGCGCAUAAUUAUUUAAUGUAGCUAUUGUAAAUAGUUAUAUGCACAUUGCGUGGAUGUAAAACAGUUUAAAAUUACUCAUUAUUGUUCAAUGUAUAUUAUUAUAUAGUUGUUAGUUUUUUACGGAAAUAAAAUUAGCUACAGGAAAGUUACACAGGAAGUCAUAAGAUGAAAUCUGAGGACAAUCAAGUUCACACUUUUGUACGUGUUCGUUCCUAGUGUGACAAUAUUCUUAUGCAUACAUUUAAUUUUGCUCUCAGAUGAUUUUAACAUUCAACUUAUUGCCAUGCGUAUACUAAAACAAUUUAGUUCCCGAAAAGCAAUUUAUUCGGUAAUAUCUGUCUGUGUAUUUUUUAUAACUGUCGUCAGCGUUUUCGUCAUUAAUCAAUCAAUGAUCGUCCUAUUUUUUGACCAGCCUACCUACUUGUGUCCGUAUUUCAGAGGAGGACUAGGCAAUCUCAUGUUCAUGUAUGCUUCUCUUUAUGGAAUCGCUAAAACUAAGAGAAUGAUUUUAGUUUUAGGGAAGAAGGACCAUAUCAACACGGUAUUCCCCAACUUAGACGUGCUUAAAAUGAACAAUACGUCAUCAGUAUGUGGUAUCAAUGUUCAAGUAGUGGGCGAAAAAAGACCGUGUGCGUACGAUAUAGAAACAAUUAGUUUUAACAGAAGAAGGAAUUCUCAACAUAGGUCGUACUUGCAAUCCUGGAAAUACUUUGAUAAAUUCGAAUCUGAAAUUAGAAAACAGUUUGCUUUUACACAGGAAGUACAAAUGCAAGCACAGUCUGUAAUAAAUAAGUACACUAGUUCUUAUAUAAAACAAAAAGGUAUUUCCGAAAAUUUACAAAUUAUAGGAAUACAUCUCCGACGGGGAGAUUACUUAAAAGAUUAUAAUAUAAAAUAUGGAUAUCAAACUGUAAAUAAAGAAUAUAUAGAAAAAGCACUGAAAUAUUACCGAACAAAAUUUAAAAACUGUUUAUUUCUUGUAUUCACCGGACAUUCAAAAGAUGCUGUAAAAUGGCGAGCAGACAAUAUCAACGGAAGUGACGUAAUACACGUGGAAGCAAAUUCACGAAAUGUAGACAUGUGUGCCUUAUCCAAAUGCAACCAUACCAUAAUAACUGUUGGUUCUUUCGGCUGGUGGGCAGCCUGGUUAAAUAAUGGAAAUACCGUGUAUUUUAAAGACGUUGCGAGACCAAACAGCUCGCUUAGAUCAGAUUUUAGUGAUGAUAUGAAAGACUUUUUCCCGCCAAAUUGGAUAGGUCUAUCUUGAAGACUUGUAUUUAUUCUAUGACAUUAUUCUGAAUAUGCAAAAAUAUAUUUAUUUGCAGGAAAAAUAUCACAUAUAAAUUAAUGAUGCGCGACCGAUGACUUUUCAAGUAAAAUCCUUAUGACUGGAAUAUGCGGCACACAAUAAAACGCAAUUGUUUUGUUGCAUUUAACGGUACACAUUUUGUUUUUGCACCAGAUGUACAUUUCGACUCACUAGUAACGCCUGAGGCCAACAAAAAGUCAUCAAUCGUGAAUCAAUUUAUAUAUGUGUUAAUUGACCUGCAAAUUAGUAUACUUUGUCUAUACGUUUGGUCUAAUUUGGUUUUAACAGUUUUCAAAGUUUGGAUUAAGUUUUAGAUUUUGAAGAUCUGAUAAAACCAAAAAAGAACGAACAGUAUAGCUAGACCCGGACAAAAUAAACGAGCUAUGCACGAGGAAGAAACAUUCCUUAAUUUGAAAAGCAUGAUUUCCACGUCAUGUGCUUUCUUUGUUAAGGCCUUGCAACAGAAAGCAACAAGAUGGAUUAAGAUAAUACGUAAACUAUAUUGGCACGAAAAAUAAGAAUCUGUUUGUUUAUUAACAAUGAAGUAAAUCUCACAUACUUAUGGUUUAACAAGUCGUCACUCAUAUAUUAACGCAUUUAUAAAAAUGUUGUUAUAGACAAUUAAGGAAACAGUUUGAUCUACAUACGAGUUGUUUUCUGUGUAAAAUAUAUAAAUUUGGAUUAAAAGUUUGUGAUGCACCGCCCAUUUUACUUUUUUUUUUUUUGAUAAAUUGUUUAAUUUGAAAUUAUUUCAACAUUGAGUUUUUAAAAAAAAAUCUUGUUUCUGUUUUUUUUUUUUUUUUUUUUGAAAUACCUUGUUUUUCAUAAAAGUAUUAUAAUACAAAUUGUAAAAAAGAACAACCAUGUAAAAUAAUUAUAGGGCCCUGUAUGGCCAUCAAUUGAGCAAAUACCAUGCCGUAUUGUAAGCUACAAAAGGCCUAGCGGCAUGAAAAAUGUAAAAAUAUCGAAAGAGAAAAUCAACGGCUUAAUUUAUGCUCAAAACAGCAAAUAAAAACACAGUAAGGCUAACAGCUACCACCAACAACCACUGAGUAACAGACUGCUAAGUUGGAACAGGUAUAUACAGAUUGAGGCGGGGUUAGACAUGUUUAUGAGCGCGCUCAACCCUCCCGUAAUCUAUAACAUUGGUGUAACAACACAACAUAAGAAAAAAAUAUAGAAAUCAGUUGGAAAAGGCUUGACUUAUACCGACACUGUUUUUCCUCAUAACAAGUGAUUUUUAGGUACUUUAUUGAACACAUUUUGGAACAUCGUUAGUAGGGACUGGCUUAUAAUGUAAAACCUAUGUUACCAUGCAGACAUCCCACUUAUAUCGACAGUCGUGCAUUCAAUACGUUAUGUAUCUAUAUUUCUUUUUUAAAACGUGAACUUGUCUGAAGAUUUUAAGUUGGGAAGAAUUUUGCCAGCUUAAGUCUUAUACUUCUUUAAAAAAAAUAAGGAGAUGUGGUAUGAUUGCCAAUGAGACAACUAUUCAACAAAGUUCAAAUGAAGUGGAUGUAAGCAAUUAUAGGCAACCGUACGGCCUUCAACAAUGAUAAAAAAAAAACCAUAACCUAUGGUCGGCUAUAAAAGGCCCCGACAUAAAAAAUAUGAAACAAUUCAAUUGAGAAAACUAACGCCCUAAUUUAUAACAAAACAGUUUACAAAAAACAAAUAUGAACCAACGACAACCACUGAACUACAGGCUCCUGACUUUGCACAGGCACAUAAAGAAUGUGGCGGGGUUAAACAUGUUUGUUAGCGCUCAACUCUCCCCCUAACCUUGGACAGUGGUGUAACAGUGCAACAUAAGAAAAAACUAUAAAAAUCAGUUGAAAAAGACUUCAUCUAACAAAAACACAAAGUGGGCGUGGACGGGUACUUAUUCAUCCCAAAAACAAAAUGACACUAAGGCUGGUUCUCUGGUUUCAAACGUAUCAGUCUUAAACAAACUGACAUGCCUUUAAAACUCACAUUUUUUAUUUAUUAAAAAGAAUUUAUCCGGUCAGGAAUGUAUUUGUUUUAAUGUGAAAAACGUGUUGUUAAUAGGACCUUAAGUGUUUGGUUGUCAAAUAUUAUUUUUGUCUUUGUACAUACAUGGGUUAAAAUAAUUUAUAUGACGUAAUCUUUGUCGAUCUGUUCAAACAGAACAAAUAUUUUAAAAGCUAUUUUGUUUUGAAUAAACUCAUUAUAGAACUUUA